ACGCUGGUGGAACAUCAACAUCGAAGCAGUCUAUAAAAUGCCAGUACUGGUCGCUGUUUGUAAAAUGCAACCUUCGCACACGGUCAUCUCUGUUCGUCGCGUGCAUGCGUUGCCGUAAUCGGUCCCGCAAACUUUACGCAUAUAUCAUCUACACGGUCCCGUAAACUCCUGUGCCCACAGUGUCGGUGUUCCGGCUCCGGCAAGACAGCGCUAGAAACACAAGUGGUCUUUUCGGCAAUCAACCUGCAGUACGGUGAACCGCGGCAGCAAUACAGCAUUACGCCGGACGCGAACCUGACGGUGGUGUUCCACGAAACACGGUGGUGACAAUGUCGCAGUCGGUGGACGUCGAUGAGCUGGAGAAGGAUUGGUCCGAACUGUCGGACGAAUUUCGCAGCCUGGAGGCUGCGAAUCAAUCGUACCAGGAGCUGCACGAGCGGCUGGAAGAGAUGCAGGAAAAAUGCACCAAACAAAUACAGCACCAGCGCUACCGGAUGCGGCAAAUAUCGAAAAAUCUUAAAACGUUCAUGACCAAGCAGAGGCUAACGCAUACGAACAAGGAAAAAAUGACGCAGCUCGAGAAAAGCAUCAUGAAGCGGAAAGCACAGAUCCACGAGAUCGAGCAAGGACUGCCGCAACAGAACAGCCGCUACCUAAAGAUCAUUCUAGGCGACGUGAACGUAUCGAUACUGAACCGGAACGACAAAAUACGGUACAAGGAUGAGUACGAGAAGUUUAAGCUGAUCCUGAACGUGAUCGGUUUGCUGCUGUCGUUUCUCAACAUCGUGUACAAUUAUCGUGCGUUGGAGUUAGUGUUCCUAUUUCUGUUGGUCUGGUAUUACUGUACGCUUACCAUACGAGAAUCCAUCCUGAAGGUGAAUGGUUCGCGCAUUAAGGGCUGGUGGCGUCUGCACCAUUUCAUCUCGACCGUUUGUGCCGGUGUGCUGCUAGUGUGGCCCCAAGGUGAACCCUGGCAACUGUUCCGCACCCAGUUCAUGUACUUUAACGUGUACAUCAGCAUGGUGCAGUACAUGCAGUUCCGGUACCAGAAGGGCGUACUGUACCGGCUGAAGGCGCUCGGCGAGCGCCACAACAUGGACAUCACCAUCGAGGGCUUCCAUUCGUGGAUGUGGCGCGGGCUUAAGUUUCUCUUCCCAUUCCUGUUUGUGGGCUACCUGUUCCAGUUCUACAAUGCCUUUACGCUGUACCACCUAACGAACCAUCCGGACGCGACAUGGCAGGUGUGUACCCCGCACUACACGUUGCACCCACCCCCCUUUUUAACGGACCUUUCUCGCCUUCCGCAGAUACCUGUCUUGAGCAUUCUGUUCCUCAUACUGUUCGUUGGCAACAGCUUGACCACGCUGAUGGUCAUACUGCAGAAGCAAACCGAACGUACCGAGAACCGCUAUCGACUGAUGAGUCUGAUCGCAUCGAAACGACAGAAAAACGUACGGCAGCCAACGAACGACGAUGAGGUGGACGGUGGUAAAGGAGAUGCAGAUUCAGCUAAAUCGAAGUAAACACUAAAUUUUUGUUAUCAAAUUUCAUUUCACCAAUGAGCGAGAGAGCGAGAGGGUGAGGUAGGAGGAGAAGGUGAGAGGACGAGAGGGGUAGGGCAACUUUGUUGGACGUUUCAUUUAUGUUUAUUUAUCAAAAGAGAAUAUGAAUAAAUCGCGACAGCGCGCUUGUAAAUCCUGAACAUA